AUGUCUCGCCUUGACCAAAACCUCACGUUUGCGGGUAAACCCACGACUUUCAACAUCACCACCUGGAAUGACCCUUCGCUCUGCACCCUUGAUACUUGCCCUGAGAAUUACUCCGCUAUCUUAUAUGUCCCGAACCUAGGCGGCAAUGCCUUCUUCCUUGCCUGGUUCGCUAUUCUGCUCGUCGCCCAGACGGUCAUCGGCAUCCAGAAGCGCACCUGGACAUUCUUCUCUGCCAUGAUCGGUGGUUGCAUCCUCGAGGUCAUUGGCUAUUCUGCGAGGAUACUGCUGCAUGACAAUGUCUUUGUCUUCAAUAAUUGGUUGAUGUAUCUCAUCUGUCUCACCAUCGCCCCUUGUUUUUUCUCCGCCGCCAUCUACCUCACCUUCACGCGCUUCAUCAUUCUCCACGGCGUUCAGUAUGCGCGCCUCAAGCCUCGUACUUACACCAUUAUCUUCAUUACCUGGGACAUCAUAUCGCUAGCACUCCAGGCUGCGGGAGGUGGCCUCGCCGACACCGCCUCUGAUGGCGGCUCAGGUCAGACGGGCAUCAAUAUCAUGAUCGCUGGUCUAUCCUCUCAAGUCGCAAGCCUCAUCAUCUUCAUGACACUCGUUCUCGAUUUUGCAUAUCGUGUGUACCACGCAGAAGGACGCGCAUGCGUUGCUAAAACAUAUGAGGGGAUGCAGAGGCUUGGGAGGGGUGUUGGAUGGUGGAGUGCACUUGUUGCUUCACUGAUCAUGGCAACCGUGUUGAUUUUCAUUCGUUCGUGUUACCGUGUUGCAGAGCUAAGAGGCGGGUUUGGGGGCAAAUUGGCAAAUGACGAGGUGAAGUUUAUGGUUCUUGAAGGGGCCAUGGUUGCGCUCGCUGCUCUCUUCUUGACGGUAGUGCAUCCUGCAAUUGUGUUCAGAGGCACCUGGAAACGAAGGGAUGCCGAGACAGUGUUCGCGAAGACGGCGGAUCGAGCUGAAGUGAGCCAGACGAUUGAGCUAAAUGGCGAGAAGGGAGCUGUAUAG